GUCGGAGUUGACUCUUCCUAUCAUCACCGUUUGGCGGACAGUGAACGCAGCUCGCCGAAUUCUGCGUUGAUGAUGAUCUUGGCCUUGAAUCGGGAGGGUGCAAACAUCUAGCUCAAAUGGCGGGCGAGAACGACAAGUAGCGUGCCACUUCUUGGCCUUGUACUCCCAACGAUGGAGUAUGCUGUACGCUAUGGCGCUGCAUCUGACCGGCGGCUUUGCUCUCACCUGGUCUAUCUCACCGCCCUAGAACAUGUUCCGGUGGGGGUAUAGUCUGCCAUACUGCUGCCGUCCCCGCAGCCAUCUGGACACUCAAGAAGGACUGGCGCGCGAACUUGAAGGGUCCCGGACGUUGAAGCCGCUCUACUACGAGGUCAAAUACCCUUUGGUACCACACCUGACGGGGGGUAUUAUGUCCACCGUGCUGCUCAUCGGAGACCAGCUCCACUUCAUAGAGAGUUUUGCGCACCUAGCCCGACGAUGCUGAGCUCCUGCAGCGACGCGACAGAAAGCUGCUGCGUAUAAAGGCGAAGAAGACUGAACUUAAAGAACAGCCCAACUGCC